AUGGAACAUAAACCAAUCUUCCACUUACCAGCUCUUCUUUCCACCUGGCAUAGCAAAGCAGCAGCCGCGCCAUGUGGCUACCUCGUCAUGUCGCUUCCGGACCUCAAGUUAUCCACUGCUGUCACCGUAUCUGCAUGGGCACGGAUGGGCCGAACGCCUAACGAGAAAAGCACCAUCCUCGCCCUCGAUAGUGCUGGUACUGAUAACUCCCCACUAUCCCUCAGCGUCUCCAAUGCAAUCAGGGCACUCAACAUCGACGUCCCCGGAGACUUUGGUGGGGCGUUGUUCGGGAAAAUGCCCGCAUUCACAGGCUAUGAUCCCAAAUUCGCACAUGUUGCGCUCGUGUGGUAUCCUGCGAACAAUGAGUCAAGGCUCUAUCUCAAUGGCACCCUCAAGGCGAUUGGCAUGAUCACCGACGAAGCGGCCAGCAUUGCCAACAAACUCACAGACAUCAGCCUGAUAAUCGGGUAUUCCAAGUACCAAAAGAGCCGUGCCAACAGCUGGGAUGGAAAUAUUGGAGAUGUCAGAGUUUAUGACAAGGCCCUCGGGAACGUUGAAGUCAAAGCGCUAUACGAGGUCGGCCCUCCUCCAUUUGCGGCUCCUACAGCGUACGCGUAA